UCGCAUCCCUACUAAAGAUGGCGUCACUUCUACUUUGAACGAUUUUCUGUUGCCGAAAAAAGUUAUAUUUCUCGCAUAAAACUCAACCGCCGGCCGCUCAACUCGAUCGAAAAGUCCACGUCCUCCACUGCGGCGCGAUCAUAAGGUGAAAUUGUGGCAGUGCGUGCGCGAAAUCCGCAGGAAAACGGCAGCGAAUCGGGGUGUACAACCGAACCAGAAUCUGAGUGCAACCGAACAGCAGCUGAAAGCUAAAAAAGCAUCUUCAAUCUCCGUACUCCGUGACGUAGGCAAAUAAGAGAGCACAGCUAAGGAGAAACUGAGACACAGAAACUGAGAAAUCGAGAAACUGCAAAAGUGCAUGUGAUGCCAAAUAUCCACAAAAACUAAUAGGAAACAACCAGCAACAGCGGUUGAAUGCAGCAAUCAAAAGUUAGCCCUCUAUCUCACCAAAUUGAUGUGCCAUUCAGGAGCAGCUGAAGCAGCAGCAGCGCCAGCAGAAGCGGAGACAGAGGAUCAGAAUCUGAAUCAGAGACAGAGCAACGCAGAAGCUAAGCGAGAGUAUUAUCAAGAGUAAGGCGCAUCGCAAAUGCAACAAUCCCUCCAGCAGUGUACAUACAACUGUAACGAAUUUAAACCAAAUCCAGGCAGCUAAAACACUUCACGCCCAAGGGUAACCGUUUGAUAGAUGCCAAGAUAAGUCGUUACCGCUUUAACACCGCCAUCACCAUUACCCAGCAACAGAAGCUGCUCCAGCUACUCCAGCAACAGCAGCAGGAGAACGCUCUCAAAGGCAAGAAAAAGCACAAGCAGAAGUUGCAGUUGCAGCAGCAGCAGCAGUUGCAAUUGGUGAUUGGUCAGGAAAUACACCUAGAAUCCGACGCAGGAACAGAAGCAGAGCUGUUGGGCUUAACCAGGAGUGACGAAAACAACUGCAAGACGCCAAACUCAACCGCAAAAGUCGCCAACAUAACACAUAAAAUUUUCGGUUGGCUACGCAAAUCACGCAACAAACGGCCAGUCGAGAUCCUCAACAGCGAUUUCGGCGAAGACGGCGACGAGGGCGUUGGCGAGGGCAGAGGCCAAGGGGCAGGAGAGGGUGGUGGAGCAGCUGCUGCUGCCGGUGCCGGUGCAGCCGAUCAAUUUUCAGUGGCAAGCGUUAGGAAUAAAGCCGGCAAGCUGAAUACCACACAGACAGCCACGGAGACCGCCAUCGAUUCAAACGAACCCAAAUCUGAAAAGAUGUCAUCGGGCACGUUUGUGGAUCGAAUCGACCCGUUCGCCAAACGUUCGCUCAAGAAGAAGGGUAAAAAGAGUCAAGGUUCCUCGCGCUACAGAAAUUCUCAGGAUGUUGAGCUGCAGCAAUUGCCGCCGUUAAAAGCCGAUUGCUCCAGCCUAGAACAGGAGGAGCUGUUCAUACGGAAGCUGCGCCAGUGUUGCGUGUCCUUUGACUUUAUGGAUCCCGUCACGGAUUUGAAGGGCAAGGAGAUCAAGCGGGCCGCACUCAAUGACCUAUCCACCUAUAUAACACAUGGGCGCGGUGUGCUUACGGAACCGGUCUAUCCGGAAAUAAUUCGCAUGAUUUCAUGCAACCUAUUUCGCACGUUGCCGCCCAGUGAGAAUCCUGAUUUCGAUCCUGAGGAGGAUGAUCCGACCCUGGAGGCCUCUUGGCCACACCUACAGCUGGUCUACGAGGUCUUUUUGAGGUUCUUGGAGUCGCAGGACUUCCAAGCAACCAUCGGCAAGCGGGUAAUCGAUCAAAAGUUUGUCUUGCAGCUUUUGGAGCUCUUCGACUCGGAGGAUCCUCGAGAACGGGACUUUCUGAAGACGGUGUUGCAUCGCAUCUACGGAAAGUUCCUGGGACUGCGGGCCUUUAUACGAAAACAGAUCAACAACAUAUUCUUGCGAUUCAUCUACGAGACGGAGCACUUUAAUGGAGUCGGUGAGCUUUUGGAAAUUCUCGGCAGUAUCAUCAACGGAUUCGCUUUGCCCCUAAAGGCCGAACACAAGCAGUUUCUGGUCAAGGUCCUGUUGCCGCUACACAAAGUCAAAUGCCUGUCGCUCUACCACGCUCAGCUGGCGUAUUGCAUUGUACAAUUCCUAGAGAAGGAUCCAUUCCUUACCGAGCCUGUGGUGCGUGGGCUUCUCAAGUUCUGGCCCAAGACGUGUUCCCAAAAGGAGGUCAUGUUCCUGGGCGAAAUUGAGGAGAUUCUCGACGUGAUCGAUCCGCCGCAGUUUGCCAAGAUCCAGGAGCCGUUGUUCCGCCAGAUUGCCAAAUGCGUGUCAAGUCCACAUUUUCAAGUUGCUGAGCGCGCACUCUAUCUGUGGAACAAUGAGUAUGCCAUGUCGCUCAUCGAGGAGAACAAUGCGGUUAUCAUGCCCAUCAUGUUCCCGGCCCUGUACCGCAUCAGCAAGGAGCACUGGAAUCAAACCAUUGUGGCGCUCGUUUACAACGUAUUGAAAACGUUCAUGGAAAUGAAUUCGAAGCUUUUUGACGAGCUGACCUCCAGUUACAAGGCGGAGCGGCAAAAAGAGAAAAAACGUGAGCGCGACCGCGAAGAGCUGUGGAAGAAGCUGCACGAACUCGAAUCCAAUCGUUCUACUGGGCGCUCCGCUGGCGGCAGCGCUGCGACAUCGAACAGCGCAGCCCCCGCGGCAUCAACGUCUCUGCAGCCACCUAGCUCCGCCGGUCUGAACUCCCAUCAGCAGCAGUCGAAUAGCAGCAGCAGCGGCAGCCUGUCCAGCGGCGGAGCCGGAGGCGACAAUAACCCUGCGACCACAAAUGCGAAAAUCAAACAGGAAGUCAAGACGGAGAACUAAGCAAGCAGGCAACGCGAGGCGCGCGCUGGAAACUAAUAAUAAACCAACAUCAGUAGGAGCGUAAAGCUAACGCGCUAUCCGAUAUCCGUAAAUGGCAGAGACAGCAACAACAACAGCAAGCAUCUAAAGGAGAAAGAAAAAUAUAGUUAUACUAAAACACACACACACACACACACACACAUAUGCUAAACUUUAAACCAGAACAUAUAAAACUAAAAUGUAUACUCGAUUGACAAGACACCAACCAAGCUGACCUACCAUCGGACGGGACGGGAAGGGCGGCUUGGGCGGCUGUUAAAGGAGGUAGAACCGAAAUCUGGAGUGGGAGCUGAAUCAGCUGAAUCCCUGUCCGUGUGCGCGUGUGUGUGUUAGUGUGCGUGUAGGAAGCUUGGGUGUGUGGCAUAUAAGAGAUCUUUAUAAAUGUACAAGAUACACCCCAUAUAAGCAGAAAACCACGCACGCACACGCGCAUACACCCACACACACAUGCAGACACGUAUAAAUAUAUAUUAAAAAGAAGAACAGAAUAAUUAUUAAUUACGUUUAAGCGAACACAAGUUGAAUAAAGAGAAAUCAUGUUAGUAAGUGAAGAAAAGAGCAAGCGGACGAUGAUAACUAUAAAAGAGGAUCGAGGAUUGUUGAAGCGCAUUGAAUAUUAUUAACUAAACAUAUUGCUAACUAGAUCCUAGCAUAGAUCAGCCAUUCAAAACACCCACACACGCACACCACCCACUCACUUGCAAAGCAUACUUUUCAUUUGAAAUGUGUAAAAUAGUUGCAUCCUCGGAAUUUUGUUGCUCCAUAGAACGGCGUGUCUUAGUCCCCGAUUUCCCCUCGAAUUGUACAUAAAAUAUAUGAAGAACUGUGCUCCUCCCAACCCAAUCUAUCCGGAAUUAAACUUUGUUACUUAGCUUUAAGUGUUGCACACUCCGUCAAGACUUCUCGAAACAGAAAUUCCAACAAUUCUCGCGCAGCUGCACGAAUCCGAAUCGGUUAGUAGCAAGAGCCAAGUUUUAGUAUGUUGUUGAAGUUGCUGCUAAAUGGACUAAGGCAGACGAAACACACGAAUAAGAAUACAACUAAAUACCAUACCAUAACGUAACGCUGAUCUAUCUAGAUGUAUGUGAGUGUGCGGAAUAUAUCAACAAUAUGUCCCCACAGCUGGGAAAUAGGGGCAUGCGCAGUAAUCGAGAUGUACUAAGCAUACAACUAAAAAUAUUGAGAGCAUUGUAAAAAGGUCAGGCUAGAGAAACCAACCAACCGAGGAAACGUUAGUCUAUAGAAUAUGGUUUUGGAAAAUUCAGCUAGCGAAACAUUUCCAAGAGCCUAUCUAAACAUCCUUUGCAUUAAAAUCCAUAUAUAUCUCAGGGGAAGCGGUCCGAAGCGUUCGAUUCCUUAAUAGUUUGCAAUUUCACUUCUGACUAUUCUCAAUUUUUUAUGAAAUUUAUUUAUUUCCUAUACCUUUUUUUUUUGUAAUAUUCAUGGUAAUGCGCACAAUUGUCAUUAUUCGAUUAUUUUAUCGUUGUAAAUAAUGUAGCUAAGAUGAAAGCGAGGGACAACUUUUUGGACCGCUUCCUCACUCAUUCACACACACACACACUACACAUACACCCACUUAGAAGCACUCAUAGUAAGAAGAUAUAUAAAAUUUAUAUAUGAAGUAUACUAUGCAUGUUUGUUCAUUCAACUCUCACGACGACGCCCAUUACAAAGUAUAGAAGCAUGCAUUAUAGGAGCCAACUAGGAGCAGAGGCAGGAGAUAGGACGAGGACGUGAGGCGACUAUCCGCUAAUGAAUGUCUCUCAUUAGGCAAUACCGUAAAAGUUCAUAUAAUAUUAAUGAUAAAUGUGUCUGUGAAUCGUGAGUUAUUAUACACAUACAUAUAUUGCAAACAAACAAAAAAAAAAGCGAAAAAAAACUACAAAAAAGAAGAAAAUCUAAAGGAAACAAACGUAAAAGUUAGCGUUAUUAUUAAAUAUGUUUGUAAAACAAUGUCAACAACAAUAUUCAACAGAGUGCGUGAAGAGAGAGAACCGUUUAAAGAGCAUCCACUAGAGAGUCAUCAUCGGCUAGGCGAGAGAUAUAUUGCGAAAACAUAAAAAUUUAACAACCUACGACUAAAUACUAAGCAACGUGUGUAAGAAAGUUUUGCAUCUUUAUAUUAGCGUGUAAUUAAACGAGAAAAAUAGCUAAACAAAGCCCCAGACAAACCAGCAACUGCAACUAGAGCCCACGAAGAUCACCUCCAUUAAAUAGAAGUAAAGCGAUAAGAAGGACUAUAGAGACUCGAGGCCCACUUUGUUAUGACAUCAAUCUCUUGACUCCCAACUAGCAGCAGAUCGAUCCAUAGCACACCCAUUCUCUAGUAAACGUUUGAUGUUCGCAUAGGAUGCCAAUCAAUGUAAUACAAAAAAAAAAUGCAAAUGUAAAAACGAAGCCAGAAAUCAAGCAAGCAAACUAAAUAGAAAUGUUGACAAAGGGAGGAAUGCCUAUAAACAAAUGAAUAAAUAAAUAAGUAAGACAAGUGGUUUAAUGAUCAAAAUAUCUCUUCAAUCUUUCGUUUGACUUUCUAUUUUUGUGAUCUAUUUCUGUUGCACCCUGAGUUAACUUGUUUAGUACGCUUUCAACUUACACAUAUGAUAACUUUAACUAUAGUUUCUAUUAUUGUAUUUAUAUGUAUAAACAAAUCGAGCAUGUUAAACGUAGCUGUGCUGUAGCUGCUGCUUAGAGCCGGCUGAGCGGAGAAGAAGUAUAAGCAAAAGCAAACUCGUUAAGUACUUUUAGAGACGAAACCUUGUACUAAAAAUAAAGUCGCAUUAACAACGUUGCAAAAAAGUUAAGAAACAAACAAAUGAAAAGAAAAAUACAAAAAAAUUAAAUGGAAAAGCAAACAGAAACCAACAAUAAGAGCAAAAAUAGUUAAAGCGCUUAAACAAUAUAAAUACUAUGGAUACUAACAAUGAAAGGAGAGGGAGAAGGAAAAGGAUAAGAGGAAAGAGGAUAAAUAUAUAUGUGAAUUAUGUAUUUUCUUAUGUUCUAGACUUGUAAAAAAAACAACCUAUCGUAUAUAUGAUACACGCUAUUAUUACGUA